AGGUUAGGGUACGCGUUAGGGCUAGGUCCAGGGUUAGGGUUACGGUUGGGGUUAGCGCUAGCCCUGUUUACAUCUCGUCAUCUUUGUUUUGACCAAACUUGAAGUUGGCCUUAAUAUGAAAUAGAUCGAGCCCAAAUAUCUAGUACACUGCACUGAAUGCGGACGAAUCGAUAGUCUUUGUGGUCACGAGGGUGGCAUGUGACCUGUUAGUCAGUCAUAUGAUCAAAACACUGGCAAUAUCAUUUUAGAUAGGAAGAUUUCUAAUCCGUUAGUCAGGGUAUCCUCACCAGUCAGUAUACAGAAAGCAAGAGGUAUGAUGGAAGGGAAAAUUGUUUGCUUAGUUGUAGUUUUGACUCUGUCCGUAGCUACGACAGAAGAGUUGAAAUUCAAAUCACUCAAAGCCACUAAAUCACCAUGCUACAAGCCGAUGCUAGACUACAAACCAGUCAGAACUUACCCACGUCCACAAGAAUUAAGAAAGGUAGAUUUACCUGCAGGAUUUGAUUGGAGAAAUGUAAAUGGAACUAACUAUGCCAGCACAACAAGAAAUCAACACAUUCCACAAUAUUGUGGAUCAUGUUGGGGUAUGGGAUCAACCAGUGCUAUAGCCGACCGUAUUAAUAUCAAAAGAAAGGGUGCCUGGCCUUCUGCUUAUCUCUCUGUUCAACAUGUUCUGGAUUGUGCUAAUGCAGGAACUUGUCAUGGCGGUGAUGAUAGGGCUGUAUAUGAUUAUGCUAAUAAACACGGCAUUCCUGAUGAAACUUGCAAUAACUAUCAAGCUAAAGACCAGGAAUGCGAUAAUUUCAAUGCAUGUGGUACCUGUACAACAUUUGGUGAAUGCUCGCAGCUUCAAAACUAUACUCUGUGGAAAGUCGCUGAUCACGGUGCUCUGGAAGGAAGAGCUGAUAUGAUGGCAGAAAUAUAUCACAAUGGUCCCAUUAGUUGUGGUAUCAUGGCUACUGCUGGUUUAGAAAAGUAUAAAGGCGGAGUUUAUUCUGAAUACUCAACAUCACCUGGUAUCAAUCAUAUUAUAUCAGUUGCUGGAUGGGGUGUAGAUUCUGUUGAUGGAGAAUACUGGAUCGUCAGAAAUUCCUGGGGAAAUCCAUGGGGUGAACGAGGAUGGUUCCGUAUUGUAACUAGUGCUGGUCUAGGAGGUAAAGGUGAUAAUUAUAACUUAGCUAUAGAAACACAAUGUGCUUUUGCUGAUGUUAUUGUUCCACCAGGUUAUUAAGUGUUUUCAUCUACCGUCACAAUGUGAUAUUGUUAUAAAGUACAUUUUUCAUAUUUGUAAAAAAAGGUUUUUAAAUAAAUUAUUUUAUGUACAGA